AAUUGUAUCGGAGUCGGACCCUGUGACGGGUCCACCGCCCCAUAUAAAGCCGUCACCAUCUCCACGAAGAGUAUCGUCGUGACAUUCCCAGUAACCGCUGAUUCUCCAGCUAGCUGCCGCCGCAUGACUGCUAAGCCUCGCAGGCAAAUGUUCCCGCUCAGCCUCCGCCGCCGCGUAGUGCGCAGGGUCUCCCUCCUGCGGCGCCGCCUCCGCUCCCUCUGGCGGCUCGUCCUCGCCUGCACAAUGUUGCGCAAGUCCACUCGGUACCGCCAGCUGCCCGGCACCUCCUCGUCUUCCACUUCUCCGGCGGCCUGCGACGUCGACUCCGACCAACAUUGCAGAGACUCUUCGGAUUUGGUUGCUUUGAAGAUCAGCCUGCUGGGUGAUUGCCAAAUUGGAAAAACAAGCUUUCUGACAAAAUAUGUGGGAAAAGAAAGAGAAGAAGAACCUGAGAGGAGAGGGCUCAAUCAGAUGGUUAAAACACUAAGCAUCGGAGGGGCAAGAAUAGCUUACAGUGUCUGGGAAGUUUCAGGAGAUGAAGCUUCUCAUAAUCACAUUCCAGCUGCUUGCAAAGACUCGGUGGCAAUUCUGAUCAUGUUUGAUCUAACCAGCCGGUGUACUUUGAAUAGUGUCAUCAGGUGGUAUCAAGAUGCAAGAAAAUGGAAUCAGACUGCCAUUCCGGUGCUAAUAGGGACAAAGUUCGACGAUUUUGUCAAGCUACCGGUGGAUUUGCAGUGGACUAUUGCCAACCAGGCAAGAGCGUACGCAAAGGCCAUGGAAGCAACCCUUUUCUUCUCCAGUGCGACUUACAACAUAAACGUGACCAAGAUCUUCAAGUUCAUCACCGCCAAGCUCUUCAACCUGCCAUGGAGCCUGGAGCGCAACCUGACGAUCGGAGAACCCAUCAUCGAUUUUUAGGUGCUUUGAUCGAGAUUAUAGAUUAGAUUAGUGAAUUUGAAAGGAGUGUAGUUGAAAAUAAGGAUAGAGAUUGAGCAGUCAACCGGUCACUGGAAUUGCCAGAAGAUGUGAGUUAGCUGGCAGUGAUUAUUCGAGUUGUUUCAUUCCACUUCAAUGUAGACUUAAAAGUUUGUUCAGGUAAGAAUUAGCUAUAGAGGAGAAGAGUAAUAGACGAGACAGGCCAUCUAAUCCAAGGGGGACAAGACAAUUACAUUCGCCAUUUAAAAUAUUCAAAAAGUCCCCUAUUAUUAAUUAGGAUGAUAGUUUAAAUGAUUGAAAGAUACAUUGUUGGGUUAAAUAAACGUUUGGUAUGUGAUGAGUGUCUCGU